AUGACGACCUUCAUCGCAUAUCAACCGCAAAAAAAUGCGCCGUCCUUUAGAGGCCGCACCUUCAGCAAAUCCUCCGCGGUCGGCCUCCCUUGUUCGGCGUCGAGCGGACAGAGCACAAGAUCUCCUCAACAAGCGACAUCUGUGAACAAUGCGGAUUUCGUCGAUUUUGUGGACUUGACCGCCCCUCGCCUGGACGCCGCGCGAGAGUAUCUGGUGGCGCGAGAUAUUUUGGAGCCAAUGAAUCACGAUUCCGAGGAGAGUAGUAUCCACGCUUACAGAGCUCGCAGCAGCGGCGCGACCGACAACGAGAAAUCUGAUCACGGCGAGAAAGGCGACAGAGAAGACGACGGCAUUGAUUGCGAAAGCGAAACUAGUGACCUCCCGUCUCCCCGGGACCUCUGCGCGUGGAAGGGCAAACAGUUUGGAAGAAGGAACGUCCUCAACCUUAAGGCUUCCGCAUCGCCCGCCUCCGUCAUCAGGACCAGCGAGGAGCGUGGUAGCGAGGACGUCAGCGAGGAUAGUGUUAAUCCCGACAACCCCCCUGACAAUCCUCUUGCUACGACCGUCGGGGGUGCCUGCGGCACUCGGCUUGGAACCAGCCAAGACAACCCAAUUGUGCUGGACGAUGACCAGCAAAUUGAUACCCACGAUGCCCUCGCCUCUAACGACGAAAAGCCCGCCUUCGAAGUGGCGAGCCCGACAACCUCCAGCGACCCCUCCCUGAAGUUGUAUGGAGGAGGUGCCGAGCGAGGCAUGGACGAUGGAAAGAGCAUUCCAGACGGCACGGCGCAGGGCGACAAGGACGACCGUGCAAGUGACGAGGAAGAAGGAGGAGGCACAAAACCACACGAGGAUGACGCUCUUCACACCCAUACUCUCGCCGCCAACGGCAAUGGUGGUAUCGAGUGCUGCGGCAGUGGCACAGGUUCAGAUACACCGGCGUCUGUUGGCCGUAUCCACGACGUCUUUGCUGAGUACGAGGAGACCUUCGGCUUGCCUAAGUCAAAGCAAAAAGUGGCACGGUCAACUGUGCAUGAUUGCCCAGAGAGUGGGACCAUAGCAGGCUCUCUUUCACGCCCAGUCAGUCACGGAGAGCCACGAGUGUCUGCAGAUGACGAUGUCGCGAAAAUUGAGCAGGCUGCGGAGGCAGCAGGUGGUGAUGCUGCGCGCCUUUCGAAGAGAGAGAUUGAGAAUGGAUCCACAUCGCGGUCCAGACAGGAAAGCAAUGAGCAAGAGACGGAGAUUGUCCAGGUUCGGUCUCAGUGUGUUGCCACUUUAGCCGGCGGCUGCCACUCGCAAAGUGCCUUUCAACGAGGUCCGCCGACGCCGACUUCCAUGACUACAAAGGAGGCGAUCCGAUCUAACGCUAGCGCUGUCACUCAGGGAGGACGAAUUCGAAAACGAUCUUGGUCACCUACCCCACCCACAGUUCUUCCCGACGACGGUGUUCCUCAGAAACGCCCUCGCCGCGCAACGAAGGAGACGUGGAAGGCGCGAGAAGCAAGGGAGGCAAGAGAGGCCCAGCGGUCUCAGACAUCAUUGGGCCCAUACCGGAAGGAACAGGCUCUCUUCGUGGGCCUUGAUUCCGCUAGGGGUGAAGUGGACCACAGGGUGGCAGACAUCGAGGAUGUGUAUCUCGGGGAGGAUGGUUCCAUCCAGUGCAUUGUCAAAUGGAAGUCAUCGUUGAUCUCGCUCGAGAACGUGGUUGGCAGAGAGCUACAGUGA